UCAAUAUGGCAGGUCUAAUUUUCGCCCCUGUAAACUCACUUUUUUCACGCCCCAAAUUCCCGGCAAAAAUAUCAGCCAUUAACGGCAAUUAUGACACCGUUAAAAUUUCCACCGCCAUGUCCAAAGCGGCGGUGGAAUUGUUGCCUAAUUUACCGGUGACGGCCGUAGAUACAUUGACAAUCAAAGUUUCACCACCAUCUCCUCCUCCUCCGACUCCAUUGCUAGUAGUUUCUCCGAAUUCGUUACAGUGCGAGCCUGGGUACUUGAUACCGAAUUAUCCGGUAGGCGGUAAUGGAGGUGAGAACGGAUUUCAGUAUUUGGUGGAUAUAUUGGGUACGAAAGUGUACGAUGUAGCAAAUGAAUCGCCAUUGCAGCUUGCGCCGAAGCUUUCAGAGAAGUUGGGGGUUAACGUUUGGCUUAAACGAGAGGAUCUUCAACCUGUCUUCUCAUUCAAGCUUAGAGGUGCAUACAAUAUGAUGGUAAAUCUCUCCAAAGAGCAGCUGAAAAGAGGGGUCAUAUGCUCAUCAGCUGGGAAUCACGCGCAAGGCGUUGCAUUAGCUGCUCAAAGACUUGGCUGCGAUGCUGUCAUUGUGAUGCCUGUUACUACACCAGAGAUUAAGUGGAAAUCAGUAAAAAGAUUGGGUGCUAAUGUUGUUCUCGUGGGGGACGCGUAUGAUGAAGCUCAAGCAUACGCCAAAAAGAGGGCUGAAGAGGAAGGCCGCAUCUUCAUCCCUCCGUUUGAUCAUCCAGAUAUCAUCGUAGGGCAAGGUACUAUCGGUAUGGAGAUUAAUCGCCAACUCAAAGAUAAAAUACAUGCGAUAUUUGUGCCUGUUGGUGGAGGUGGUCUUAUAGCUGGUAUUGCUGCCUAUAUGAAAAGAGUUGCCCCUCAUAUAAAGAUUAUUGGAGUUGAGCCAUCUGAUGCAAAUGCAAUGGCAUUGUCAUUACACUAUGGUCAGAGAGUAAUGCUAGACCAAGUCGGACGUUUUGCAGAUGGUGUUGCUGUUAAAGUGGUUGGCGAAGAAACUUUCCGUCUCUGUAAGGAAUUAAUAGAUGGCGUGGUCCUAGUCAAUCGCGACGCUAUAUGUGCAUCGAUAAAGGACAUGUUUGAAGAGAAACGGAGCAUAUUAGAGCCUGCAGGUGCACUUGCUCUAGCCGGAGCUGAAGCAUACUGCAAAUACUAUGGCCUGAAGGAUGAAAACGUCAUAGCAAUAACAAGUGGAGCUAAUACGAACUUUGAUAGACUAAGAUUGAUAAGCGAGCUCGCAGAUGUUGGUAGAAAGCGGGAAGCUGUGCUAGUUACAUUUAUGCCAGAAGAGCCGGGAAGCUUCAAACGGUUCUGUGAACAGGUCGGAACAACAAUGAAAUUUACUGAAGUUAAGUACAGAUAUAAUUCUGGCAAUGAAAAAGCUCAAGUUCUUUACAGUGUUGGCAUUGAAAAAGAAUCAGAACCUGAAACUUUGAUGGAGAGGAUGAAAUCAGCACAAUUGCAUACUGUUAAUCUUACGGACAAUGACUUGGUCAAAGAUCACUUGAGGCAUUUGAUGGGUGGUAGAUCAAAUCUUCCCAAUGAGCUUCUUUGUCGAUUCACUUUUCCGGAGAAGCCUGGUGCUUUGUUGAAGUUUUUAGAUACUUUCAGCCCGCGUUGGAAUAUAAGUUUGAUCCAUUAUCGCGCACAGGGACAAAUUGGUGCAAAUGUUUUAGUUGGGAUACAAGUUCCAGAGGCUGAGUUUGAUGAGUUCCAGGGUCGAGCUGCCAAUCUUGGUUAUGAAUAUGUGGUGGAGAGUCUAAAUGAUGCUUUCAAGCUUAUAAUGCAUUGAUGAAAAGUUUGGCCUUUCGAAAUUUAUCAUACAAAUAAUCCCCCAACUUUAUAUUUGGGAAGAAUAUUGGGUAUAUGAAUAGAAGUCCACAUUAGAGAAUUAAAUUAGGUAUAUAAUAUUAUAUUGAUGUAACGUCUAAAAUAUUUGUUCUCGCCCUUCGUCUGAGUUUAUUAUUAUUAUUAUUAUUA